CGGACGGCUCUGGGCCGGCCAGCGCUCGGUCAGCGGCCACCCUCCAGCCGUAAGAAUGCUGCUCCGGCUGCUCUUUGCUUGUGCAGUCCUCCUGACCAUGACUUCUGGGCAGGAUGCCACGAAGGUGCUCCAAGAGAAUCCGUGCUUGUCCAAGCAGACUUGCGGCAAAUGCAUGCAGAGUCCGACGUGCGCCUGGUGUGCUCAGGCCCACUUCGUCACCGGCGACAACACGACGGCGUCGCGCUGCAACAGGGAGCGCAACUUCCGCAGCGGCGCGCUGAGCUGCGACGAACGCCUGCUCAAGACCUGGGCCAACCAGGUUUCGGUUCCGCGGGAUGAGCCGCUCAGCAGCGAGCAUGAAGGCGACGCCGGCGCCGGCUCGUCCGGAGGCGCGUCCGGCGACUCUGGCGACUCGUUCGGCUGCUCGUCCGGUGGCUCGUUCGACGCGAUCCAGAUCGCGCCGCAGCACGUGCGCAUGAGUCUGCGCGUGGGCGAGCCGCAGCAGCUGAGUGUCAGGUUCGCGCUGGCGCCCAACUACCCGAUCGACCUCUACUAUCUGAUGGACCUCAGCAAGUCGAUGGAGGACGACAAGCAGAAGCUGUCCACGCUCGGCAACCUGCUGGCCCUCGAGAUGUGCAAGCUGACCACUAACUUCCGGCUGGGCUUCGGCAGCUUCGUCGACAAGGUGCUGCUGCCCUACACCAGCACGCUGCCCGCUGAUCUGGAGCAUCCGUGUGACAACUGCACCGCCCCCUACGGCUUCCACAACUCCCUGCCGCUGACGACCGACAUCGACUCGUUCGCGGAAAACGUGAUGAGUGCCAAGGUGUCGGGAAACCUGGAUUUCCCCGAGGGCGGCUUCGACGCCAUCAUGCAGGCCAUCGUAUGCAAACAGCAGAUCGGCUGGCGGAGCAGCGCGCGCCGCCUGCUGGUCUUCUCCACCGACGCCGGCUCCCACUACGCCGGCGACGGCAAGCUGGGAGGCGUGGUUGAGCCGAACGAUGGCGAGUGUCACUUGGACGAGAAGGGAUUCUACACCCACUCAGACAAGCUCGACUAUCCCAGCGUGUCGCAAAUCAAUCAGAAGGUGAAGCAGAACAGCAUCAACAUCAUAUUCGCGGUGACGUCGGAGCAGCGCUCCGCGUACGACAUGCUGAGCCAGCACAUCGAGGCGAGCUCGGCCGGCACACUCUCCAGCGACUCCUCCAACGUGGUUCAGCUGGUCAAGGAGCAGCACGACGCUAUCACGUCGUUUGUUGAGCUGAAGGACAAUUCGACGGACUUCGUGCGGAUCCCGGUACCACUCGGCGUGCCUGGCACUGGCGCGCCCGAGGAGACCAACCGCUGCGACGGGCUCAAGAUCGGCCAUGCCGCCGACUUCACCGUCACGGUGGAGCUGGUCAAGUGCCCCGCGGACCCGGCGCAGUGGGAGAGCGUCGUGGAGAUUCGGCCGACGGGCCUGAACGAGUCGCUGGUGAUCCAUCUGACCAAGCAGUGCCAGUGCGACUGUGAGCGCGCCGGUCCCGCCGACCUGGUACGGGCCCGCGCCUGGUGCCGGCACACGGACGCGGACGGACAUAGGCUGCCGACACACGGACACAGGCUGUGGACACACGGACACAGGUCUCCGACCCUUGCACACCGUCUGCCGACACACGUACACAGGCCGCCGACAUACGGACACAGGCUGUCGACACACGGACACAGGCUGUCGACACACGGACACAGGCUGCCGACACACGGACACAGCUGCCGGAGAGUCUGA